CGUGGUUGACUUGCCAAACAAAUACCGUGUUGAGACUUGAGACUGGUACUUUGUCCAGUUCUGUGUAGCUUACAAAUUACAAAUUAGUCUCUAGAAUAGACUCUAGAGUCUAGAUCGAAAUCUAGAUCUAGAAUCUAGUAUAGUACUUUUCUUCCAUUAUAUUUUUGGUGACAAUCAGCAGAUGCAAUGAGCUACGGUUCAACUGGUGGUGUUCAUUUUGACCUUCACAAGAAUUCUGGUGGCCCUGGCAUAUUUUGGCACAGAGAUAAGCCUAAGAAUGAGCAACGGAAGUUUGGCUACAAAUCAAAAAAGCUGCGCCACGCAAUCAGAAGACCAGAUGAUCAAGCUGUGCUGGAAGCCUUUGAAGCUGAAAAGGAGCUGGAGAAGAAGAAGUUCAAUCAGAGUAACAAAGACUUUAUACGCAACAACAAAGACAGGUUCAAACCUAAGGAAGAGCCACCACAAGCGAGGCCUGGUUCCCAGCACAUCACCCCCGGCACCGUUACCUUGACUCAAGAACAGCUGGCGGCUCUUCUGGCCUCUCUAGGGAAAACUAAGGACACGGGGGGAGACAACCCACUCAAAAUUAGCUUCGAUACGAGUAACAACAAAAUAGAGGUGGAAAGAUAUGAAAGCAGUGGCAGUGGAGACGAAGCUGAAUACGACAAACACACAAAAGGGAGCCGUCAAGUAGAUGAUGAUGAUGAUGAUCGAUCAGAUGUUGGCAUAGGUGCUUUUCUGGGUCAGAAUAAAGAAAAUAAAACGAAAGCCAAACGCAAAGUCUUUCAUGAAGACAAAGAAGAUGUCAGGGUAAAAGAGAGCAGAGACAGAGGCAACAGAAGAGAAGAAGAAGAGAGAAGGUCGCGUGGAGAGCGGAGGCCCAAAGUGUCUCAGGAAGGUCCCUCUCAUCGUCUGAGUGCCCCUGAGCCUCAGGCUGAGUCUCGUCUGUCUUGGGAGAUGGCCAAAAAGGAGGCGGGUGUGGAGCAUGUCCCCGACGUGGUCCCAUGGAAGCACCUCACGGUUGGGGAGAGGAAACGGCUGCAGUGGGCGAGGGAAAAAGCUGAAGUUCCAGAAGAAUACAACCCUUGGGGCCGGCCUGGUGCAGGGGCACCGCAGCGCAAGGAAGAGGAAGAAGCAGACAGGAAGGCUGAGGCUAAAAGCCGACAACAGCAACAGCAAGUGGAGAGACAUCGGCCAGACAUUUCCUCAAGGGCAAGCAAUAUAGACGCGGAAAAGAAACGGAAACAGGAAGAGCUUGCCAAUGAGAUAGAAAAGCUACGCAGGGAAAUCCAAGAAGCUGAAGAAAAAAAGAAAGAUGAAGAAGAAAGAAUAAAGAAAUCUAGAAAGAGCAGGGAAAAGCCGAAAGAAGAAGAGCCUUCAGAGCGAGUCAGAGAAGCGAAAACUCGACAUGAAAAGGAAAAAGUGGGUGCAAAGAAAGAUUCAAGAGACAGGAGUCAGAGAAGGUCACAAAAGAAAGAAGAGGACCCCGCUGAAAAUGGCAUGGAUCGAGAGGAUAAUCAGGUACAAAUUGUUAUUGUGAGAAAGAAGAAGCCAAAACAGGAGACCACAAAUGAGACGGAGAUGGUAAUAGACGUGAGAAGCAGCACGGAAGAUGCAUCCGACAGCAAGACGGAAAAGAAGAAAAUGAAAAAGGAUAGGGAAAGUAAGGGUGAGACCGCUGAGAAAACUGACAACCUUGAAGACGGACCCAGCCAUGGAUCUGUAAAGGAGAAAGAGAAAGAAAAACAUGAGAGACCAGCUGCCCAAACAGUGUUGACGGAUGACACAGCCCACCUUACCAAGAAGGAAAUUGAGAAGAGAAAAUGGCUGGCUGAACUGGACAAACAAAGAGAAGAACAACGGAUGAGAAAGCAGGCAGAAAAAGAAAAAGACAGAGCCGGAAUCCAUGACCAGUGGGCUGAUCGAUUUGUCUAUCACAAGACAUCAGAGCAUAUCUCCCCCCGAAAGUCUCAACCAAGCUACCGAGAAGAUGUGUCAGCGCUGGGUCGGGCAGAAGAGCCUCAGGUGGAGGUGAAUGCCCCGCCCGCAGCCAUGAGGAGUGCCCUGGUCGUUGGGACUGGGACAUUGAAUGAGAAUCGAUACAACGACAAAAAGACAGAGGAGAAAAGACGAUGGUUGGAGGAAUUAGAGAAGCAGAGAGAAGAACAGAGGCAGGCCAAAGCUGCUCAGAAAGAACGAGAUCGUCAGGAAGAUGGCACGUGGGCUGACCGUUACCCGACGGACCAUAAGAAGCUGGUGAAGCCCAAUGAAGUCUCAGGGCAUGCAGGACCUUCUCCACAGGCCCCAGCACACAUGGCAGACACCCAGAGGACUAGCAGUGCUCCGGGAAUCUCAGAGCUGCACGAUCUCAGAGCCAGCAAGGAUGAUGAUGAACAGUCUACCUUCUUACGUGGCCAAGGAGCCUUUGUGGACCCUGUGACAAGGCGAGAGCAAGAGGAGAAGAGGCGGGUCUAUUUAGAGUAUCAGGCUCAGGUGAAAGCACAGAUUGAGGAGAAAGAUCGACUGAAGAGAGAGGAGAGAGAGAGAAAGAUACGUGAGGAUAUGGAAGAGGAAAGGAAACUGCAGCAGGAGAGGGACAACAUGCAGCGACAGCUGGACAUGGAACAGAGGAAGACCAGGGAGCGAGAGGAGUUGCGACAAAAGCAGAUUGCAGUUCUCAAGACGGCUAUGGAUGAGGCACAGGAGAAGGCUCAGGAGGAGAAGAACCUGAAGAGAAUUCACCACCUGCGGGAGAAGGGCCAUGAUGUUUCCCACUUGAAGGCCACUUACGAAGAACCUGCAUCUCGCAUGUCCGGGGCCAUUGCUCAUGGCUCGAAGAAUUCAGUCAAACAGGAAGAAGCCACCACACCGCGAAGGAAGGAAUAUGAGCUAAACUCCCUCCCAGGACUGGGACAGCAAGACUCGUCACGAGAUCCUCCACCCCACCUCGCUGUCGCCUCCUCAUCUUCUCCCCCACCCCCACAUCACCAUGGAGAUGCUCCCACUGCCUGGAGGGAUGCCAGCCCCCCUGUGAGGAGACACGCGAUGGGACAGUCUUACACCAAAGAGCCGUACGUGGAGGAUCGCGUGCUGACGCCUAGCCGCUUCAGGAACCCCAGCAAACCCUUCAGUGACUCCGACUCCCCCAGACGGGAGUUUGGCACACAGACAUUGGAACUGAAAGACCUUCAGGCAAUUCUGAACAGUCUGCCUGAUGAGGUACAAAUUGAGUACAAAAUGAAGGUGGAGGAAGCCUUGAAGGAGAAAGCCAUAAAAGAAAAGGCCAGGGAAAGGCCGGGAGGACCCUCUAGAAAAGUGCAUGUGAAGAGUGCUAGUGAUGUUCACGACAAGGGUGGGCGAAAGCCACCCGCCGAGAGCAACCCACGAGUGGGUAGGAAGAUUGUGCAGAGAGAAGCUGAACCCGAGGAGAGAAAGAGGCCUGUAAAGCUUAAUGAAAGGCCAGCAUGGAACUCAAAUAGGAAGAAACAGGUGGUGAAGAAUUCAGAGAGGGACCCAUUCUACCAACAGAAACGAGAAGAGAAGGAGAUGAGAAAGGCAAAGAGGGAACGGCAGCUUCAAUAUCUCCAAGAACUGAAUAAGGAGAAAAUCCCUUCGCUUUCAAAAAGUCCUGGACGAAGCAGAGACGUGUCACCGGAGGGGGCCAAAAUUGUCGGGGAGAGAGGGAGGAAGCCGGUCCGAAAGGUAUAUGGGGGAAAUCAAGGCAAUCAGGGGGAAGCUCAACGCGAUUCGUCUCCCAACAUACUGUCCUUAGUGAAUGAAAAGGAGAGGAAUCAUAGGUCCAAAUCACCAAAAACCACAGGCAGAAGCUCUCCGCUCAUACCCACAGUGCGACACCGAACCAGCAACAUACGAGGGGAUGACACGGACAGAGACCCUUACCACUACACCAACAACUAUCUCCGCAACAGCCAAACGGAGACCAAGUACGGAGACAUCGACUUUGCACCCGCUGUUGACGGGGAUUUGAUUCCAUUCAUGCGCACCACAGAAAUUCUUGACCCAUCGAAAGCUGACGAGCCAAUGGCCAUCUCACGGGAGAACUCUCGCAUGGAGCGGGCACGGCGGGCCUACAUGGAGACCCACAAUCCCGCCAGCAAAGGCAAGCAGCUGGAUGUGUACCAGGACAGGGAGAGAGAAGCUGCCCUCAAGGCGUCCCAGGAUCCCAUACUAAACCCCAGCAGAGUGACCGACCACCCCACAGCUCGACAAGACCGGAUCCUGCAACAACUGUCUUCUCUUAAACAGACACUGAUGCAGAGACAGAAGGAACUGGAGCAUUACAUGGUGCCAGAGGAUGAGGAAACAGUCCGGGGCUAGACAACAUGUGUGUGUGUGAUUCUGAGGAUCAUCCUUUGACUUAGACUUUAUGUAUCAGCUAUUAAAUGUUUCAUUAAUGAUAAGUAUUCGUUAAGGUUAUUAUUAAUGGCACAGAAAUGAUAUUAGGUUAUAUAACAAUUGCUCUAUUGACAAAUUUUCAUCGCAAAGAUUUUAUAAACUUCAAGUGUCUUUAAACCAGCUUGUGAAACUUUGGUUUAUAAAUGAGUUCUUAAUGUUUCUAAAGUGUUAUGUAUUUAUUGAAGUCAUUAUUGAUAUCUUAUUAAUGGUACUCUUUUAAAGCUAAUGUGCUUUAUUAGUAAAUUGACUGCUUGAGGUUGGGGCUUGGUGCCUAUACCUUUGUAAAAAAAAUGACAAGAGCAAAAGACAGUGAAAGUAAAACUAAUAUAUCUCUUUUCUAUGAAAAGAAGUGGAAGAAGACCCUAGGUUGACGUGUUGUGACCUCAUUUUGGUGUAGGUAGAAAAGUAAGUAUCAUCUGACAUUAGCUUUUGCAUCUCUGUAUAGGCCAUUAUUUUGUCCGUUACCAAAUUUUGUGCAGCUAUUUUUCUCUCAAAUAUUCCACAUUGUCUGAUUUGUAAUGGUUACGUAUCACUGUUAAAGUGAAUCAUAUCUGCCUUACCUGUGACUUUUAAGUCUGAACAGGAAUGCAUUGUACUCGCUAUUUUAAUGACGAUGUCGCUAGCUUGUCAGUACUUACUCAAGACAGUUGUUAUUUCUGCCCCCUGUCUGCAGUGAUGACAUUUUGAACUCUCCGUCCAAAGAUCUCUUGCUCUCCCUGUACUCUAUAUUGUUUUGCCUUGACCACAUGAAUGUGUAUAGAAAUGACUAUGCGUACUUAUCUUUUGUAUGUUCUGUUCUCCAUGUGCUUUUUUUGAGGUUUCAGCACUUUUAUGUUGAGUGUUGAUUGUAACAGUAGCAUACCGUAUAAGUCCAAAGUUACUAUUUCUUGAAAAACAGUGUGCGGGUGUUAAGCAGCAACUGAAAACAGAUGGCCUACAUGUUUUGCGCCUACAUGGUAUUUGGUCAUUUUUACUUUUUGCAAACUUGCCCUGUAUUUAGACAUGAUUUGCAAUGGUUUCCAUAAGAUCUUGAGAGACAAAAAUAGAACUUGGCUUAAUUUUAGAUUGUCAUUGCAUGGUUGUCAACUGUUACCGUCAAUAUGUGAAAUCAGUAAGUUAAAGCAAAAUGGCUACGGGUUAAUAAAAGAGGUGAAGUUUGUGUCUUGAUUUGUGGCGAAUGAGAAUAUGUAAGUAUUGUAAGUGUUGUUUCAUAAAAAAGUGAGUUUCUGUUGUAUGUAUUCUGAAUGUGAAGUGAAUGGUGCCUUAAUUCCUUUUCAACACGCAUUUAUGUCACUUGAUUUAUGUCUACAUUUUUGUUUGUAGUACAUGUCCCUCCUCAAGGAUUUGGCUUUACUUCUGUUAUCUUUUGUUGGUGUAGGAAUGCUGGUCAUGAGUAUGUGGGCUUGGUAAUGCAGCAUUUGGCUUUGCUAGGUCACAUACAAACAACGUAAAAAGUUGGAGAGAAGUCCUUGUUUACUCGAUCUCUAGUCAGAGCAAAUAUCUCAUUGAUAGACAGAACCUAAGUUCACAGUUUUUAAACAUUCAAGUUACCAUCAAACACACACAUGGCAAAAUCAAGGGGAUUCAGAAAUCUUUUUGUUAAGUCCAAGAUUUCGCAAUGUACAUUUUUUAAAUACAAAAUGAAACACGUGUAUAAGAAUAAGUUCAGCCUAAAAAUCUGUUCACCUCGUGCAUGUUUCGGUAUGUGCGUGCUAGACUGUAUAUUGAGACUUCUGCUUACCAAAUGCCAUUUUAUGGAACCAUUCUUAGCAUACCGGUUUUCAGUCCUUACAGCUGGGGAGGAAGUAACGGUGAUGGUGUACCUCCCGUACACUUGGGGACACCAGUCAGGGAUAAGGACCUCCGGGAGGUUCAUACUCUCCAUAAGCCGCCAUGGGAGUGGGUUGGAACAAAACUGACCUGAAUACAAAAAGCAGUGUCAGUGUCUGUUGUACUGUCUGAUUUGUAUUGGAAUAGAAGGUAUGUUCUUAUUUUGCUAGGUUCGGUACCGCACUUUUUAACUUGUAAUUUCCGAUAAACCCACUAUGGCGGGACCUCUUUUGAUACGAAAUCUUAAAAUGAUAUAUACCUCACUAAAAAUUGGUCAAUAAAUCCAAACAAAUGAACCUAUUUUAAUAGUUCGUCAUCUAAAGAAAAAACACCCAGUAAAUGAGAAUGACACCUCUUUUUCACCAUAGGUGAAAAUUAUUUUGACGUCAAAGUUGUGGUAAAAGAAUGAGCCUGAGCCGCUACUAGUGGUUCAUCGACACAGUGGUUCUGACCGUGAGCAGCUGAGAGUGGCUUGCUAGAGAUAAGGAGUUGAUCUUCUGUUUGGAUUUUUUUUUGGUUAAAGACACCCUUCUAAAAUAUCUUACAGGAGUUGUUUUUCAUCUUUUGUCUUCGUUAGAUUGAUAACUUGUUGUAUUUGCAGUUGCUAUUAACAGUGCUAAAAAGCAAACUUCCUCAUUGGUAGUCUCAUGAUUAAGAACAUGAUUCAAACUGGUUCACCUUUAUUAGCUGAUUAUCACCGUACCCAGUGCCUAAAGAGCUCAAAUUUCGUCCUUUGCUAUUCUCCAUCUGAACAUGUUGAGCUUGAUUAUAAUUUAACAUCCAAGUUUUCAUUCCAGUUCAUACUAUUUGUUCUGUCUGACUGAAAGUUCACAUAACUUCCCUGUAGCUUGCAUCUGUCCCAUGGUCGAUAAAACAAUGCUGCUGUUCUGUCCAAAAUUUUGCUUUAGAUAUUUCCAGUGGUAAGAGUAGGCCUACAGUUUUCUACUUAAACUUUGCUUGAAUUUGAUUUACGUCUCUGUUCCCUGUGGUCUUCAUCAUCCUUUUCCCCUUGACGUAAGAAAAAGAUUAUUACUUGACUGUUAAAACAGACAUAGAUUAUGUAGAUUUUUGUCAAGUUCUUUUAACUUUCAUCUUUAUGACUUCUUAUGACGGUGCCACUUUUCUAGAUACCUUUAAGUCCAGGCAUUUUGUUGCUUUGUGGGACUAUACUUAUAUGCGCCCCUUUAUAUAUAGCAUCAAGUUCUUUAUUUUUUUUACAGUCCAGUAAGUUCUGCUAGUUUGAGGGUACAACUUGUAGGUUGUAUUUCUUAACUUUCACUCUUCGUGCUGUUGUUUCUGUCUGUUUUUCUGUCUUGCUUUUCAUUAGUACUCAGUGACUGCUAAAUUGUCAAUAUGCUUCUUUUUGUCUCAAACUCUUGUAAGUUUUUAGAACUCUUUCGUGGUCUUAGUGACACUUCCUAUUUGCAAUUUGGCCUUUGGAAUUCGGUUAGGUUUUAAGCCUUUUCACAUUGUAACUCUUAUCCUGUGCAAUGUUCCUGCAAACAGUAUUAGAGAGCCUCGCUGACAUAUGGCUAUGUGUAGUUGUUGGUCAGAAAAGAACUUAAGUGGAUGUUUGGCAGGUGCUCUGGUGUGGUUUGCUCCUUUUUUCCUAUCACUCUAAUCUCUCCUCCUUCUUUUCUUUCUGUUUUAUUCUCUAGUGGUACCACCUCUAAUCUGCCGCACUCAUAACGACUACUUAGUGCAAGACUCAGCCAAGUGCCAUUUGGAAAAGUGACAUAUGAUAGAGCCUUACACUGCAGUCAAUAUUAAUUUGUGUUGCAAGUGCUGUAAAACUCUUACUAAAACUGAACUAGGGAGCUUGAAGGAUAUUCCUAGGCUUCAGUUCCAUACUAUAAAUAUUUAUAUCUUUUCUUUUCCUUUCUGGAAGAGUUUCUUGGUGUGUUUUUUUAAAAUUGUUAAUCCAAGGAGCUUUGUGAAUUGUAUAUUAAUAGAAAAAAAAGGCAAAGUUUGUUUGGAGUGGGGUCCAAAGCCUUUGUGUUUGUUAUUCAAUUUUAUAUGGCAUGGUAAUAAUAUAUAAUGAUCUGGAUAGAGAUCUGCCUGAAACUUUUUAAAAGUAGUACUGAUAUUACUUCUUCUUUUUUUUCUUCUAUUAAACUUAAAUUAAGUCAAAUACGCGGCCAAAAAAGUCCAAAGAUCUGGUAUACUGCUGCUGUUGUAUUUUUUUAAUAUAUAAAGUACAUAGUGGGCGGUUUAUUGCUAGUAAUUGUAGCAUUUUGUGUCUAAAUCUAUUAUUUCAUUGCUGGUUAUUUUGGUCCAAGGCUGCAUUUACUUGUUGCCAAAAGAACAAAUAUAAAUUUUAAAAAUCAACACAUUGUUGGCAAAAUGUGAUAUCUUUGUACAAACAAACUUCAUGUAUUAUUUAUACGAAACUAUUAAUAUGUUUAGAUCAAUAUCUGUAUGAAGAUACAUAAAAAAUAAAUCAAAUUUCUCAUAAACGUACAUU